CAAUUCCAAACCCGUGAAGCUCAGUCAACCCGACGAGCAAGCCGGUCCCCAUAUUUUGAUUUGUUUUUUCAAUAAAAAUGUGCGGAAGCAUUUUAGGAAGACUCCUAAAACCCUUCAGGAAACUCAGCAGCGUAGUUCCUCUCGCCAUCGUCGCGUCUGCCGCCGCACCCCCUGGCCACUGCAACUCCGCCGCUAUGAGUGCCAAAGCGCACCAUAGAACCAGCGUCUGCAUCAUCGGAAGUGGCCCCGCUGCCCACACUGCUGCCAUUUAUGCCGCCCGCGCGGAGCUCAAGCCCUUCCUUUUCGAAGGCUGGAUGGCCAACGACAUCGCCCCCGGCGGUCAGCUCACCACCACCACGGAUGUCGAGAACUUCCCCGGUUUCCCUUACGGUAUUAUGGGAAUAGAGCUUAUGGAUCACUGCCGCAAGCAGUCUACUCGAUUUGGGACGGAGAUCCGCACCGAGACCGUCUCUCAUGUGGACUUCUCUUCCAAGCCCUUUAAGGUGUUCUCUGACGAGAGGAUUGUGGAAGCGGAUGCCGUGAUUGUCGCGACUGGCGCGGUCGCCAAACGGCUAGAGUUCCCCGGCUCCGGAUCUGGAGAAAAUGGCUUCUGGAACCGUGGCAUAUCCGCCUGCGCCGUCUGUGACGGUGCUGCACCUAUUUUCCGCGACAAGCCCUUGGCAGUGAUCGGAGGUGGUGAUUCCGCCAUGGAAGAAGCUACUUUCCUGACAAAGUUCGGGUCGAAAGUUUACAUUAUCCACAGGAGAGACGAGUUUAGGGCUUCCAAGUUUAUGCAGAAUAAGGCUCUCAGUAAUCCUAAAAUUGAUGUGAUCUGGAACUCCUCUGUGGAAGAGGCCUAUGGAGAUAAGAAACUUGGAGGACUCAAAGUGAGGAACUUGGUUGACGGGCAAGUCUCAGACCUGAAGGUUUCUGGCUUGUUCUUCGCCAUUGGGCACGAACCCGCCACCAAGUUCCUGAGCGGGCAAUUGGAAUUGGAUUCAGAUGGGUAUGUUGUUACCAAGCCCGGGACUACCCUAACUAGUGUGAAGGGUGUUUUUGCAGCAGGUGACGUCCAGGAUAAGAAGUACAGGCAGGCUAUCACUGCUGCUGGAUCAGGAUGCAUGGCAGCAUUGGAUGCAGAGCAUUACUUGCAGGGAAUUGGUGCCCAAGAGGGAAAGAGUGAUUGAGUGCGGGAUUCUUAUAAAGCAGCAGCGUUGAAUUUGUUUCAAAUCUCAUAAGAACUUGCCUAUGUAUAUUUAAUAUCUUUUAAUUGUUAUACGGUCAUUGGGUAGAGAAACCGGCCAUGCUGACCUCCCCUUGGUUGGACACUUUCACUUGGACGUUAUUAUAUUCCGAAGCUUAAUUACUACGGAGUAUUCGAUUGCAAUAUAUUCAAUGUACUUAAACUUCAAAAUCUUACUGCCUUGUUUGUGUUUGUCUUGGUAUAACUUAAAACUUACUCCGUAGAAAUCAAUUUUCUUUGCUGAUGUUCACCCCUAUCCUAUUAGGCUGUUAC